AUGACAUUUAGUCAACUUUUGGAAUUUGGCAAAUAUAAGAUGAUAAAUCAGUGUAACAACUUGUUUAAUGACUCGGAAUUAUUUGGUCGAACAAUAAGGGUGAAUAUUGCUAAGCCGCAAAAGAUAAAAGAAGGUUCAUCAAAGCCAGUAUGGGCAGAUGAUGCUUGGUUACAAGAACACGCAGGCGAAACAUUAAAAAAUGAUGAUAACAUGAAGACAAAUGAUAUUACACAAACACAGAAGAAAGCAAAGCAGAAUCCGCAAGUUUAUUUUGAUGUAAGCGUAGGAAAGCAGGAAGUAGGAAGGAUUAUCAUGAUGUUACGAGCAGACAUUGUACCGAAGACUGCAGAGAACUUUCGGGCUCUGUGCACGCACGAGAAAGGAUACGGAUAUCAGGGCAGUACCUUUCACAGAAUUAUCCCAGAUUUUAUGUGCCAAGGAGGUGAUUUUACAAAUCACAAUGGCACAGGUGGUAAAUCGAUCUAUGGCAACAAAUUUGACGAUGAAAAUUUUGAACUUAAGCACACAGGUCCAGGUACUUUGUCAAUGGCUAAUUCUGGUCCAAAUACAAAUGGAUCACAAUUUUUCCUAUGUGCAGCCCGAACAGAUUGGUUGGACGGUAAACAUGUUGUCUUUGGACAUGUCCUUAGUGGAUUGGAUGUGCUGAAAAAGAUUGAAAAAUGUGGCACAAAGGCAGGCACACCAAUGCAAAAAGUCGUUAUAACUGCUUGCGGGGAAUUAACGUAAUUAUUUAUAUAUGUAUAGAGAAUUAUACAAUAAAUCAUCAUCUAUAAAAGUUUUA